AUGCCGCACUCGGCGACCUCGGCCGCGACGCACAACGGCGCACCACCACCCCUCCCCGAACCCGCCCCAGCACCCGCCAAGAUGGCCGUCGCCGCCGCCCUCGACCGGCACAGCUCAAUGCACGCCCGCACGCUGCAGCAGGCCGCCGAAGACUGCAACCGCCGCGUCAACGCCCUCCUCGCCCUCGACCCGGACUCAGCAGCGGCGAAAUCGACAACGACGACCACGACAACAACACCACCCCACGUCCUGCGCGCCGUCCAGUCCCGCGUUCGCGAUGCCCUCGCCGUCAUCGACGACGCCCUCGCCCGCUACCCGAGCCCCGACAGCCUCUCCCUCUCCUACAACGGCGGCAAGGACUGCCUCGUCCUGCUGCUCCUCCUCCUCGCCGCCCUCGCCCGCCGCCGCCAGGCCACGUCAACCGCCGCCGCCGCCGCCCCCUACCCCGCCACCCUGCAGGCCGUCUACAUCCUCGCGCGCCACCCCUUUGCCGAGGUCGACGCCUUCGUCGAGGCCUCGUGCGCCCACUACGCCCUCGACCUCGCCCGCUUCCCCGCCCCCAUGAAGCCCGCCCUCGCCGCCUACCUCGCCGCCCGCCCCGCCGUCGAGGCCGUCUUCGUCGGCACCCGCCGCACCGACCCCCACGGCGAGAACCUGACGAGCUUCGACCUCACCGACGGUGACUGGCCGCGCUUCAUGCGCGUGCACCCCGUCGUCGACUGGCACUACACCGAGAUCUGGGGCUUCAUCCGCGCCAUGGAGGUCGAGUACUGCCCCCUCUACGACCAGGGCUACACCUCCCUUGGCGGCACCAACGAUACGCUGCCCAACCCGGCUCUCAAGAAGGAGGGCGCCGGCGGCGAGGUUGUCCAUCGGCCGGCGUAUGAGCUCGUUGAGGAUGACGAGGAGCGGCUGGGUCGCGACAGGUAG